AUGCGCGCGCCAGCUGGUGCGGUGAUCGGCGCUGUUACGCGCUGGUCAGAGGUGCCCCACGCUCCCUUAACAGACUAUACUGGCAAGGCAGCACCGUUACACGCCUACCCUGUGUUCACCUACGAUGACGCUAUUAACAAUAGAUUUGCUAUAUGGCAAGGUGACAUCACGACACUGGAAGUCGACGUUAUAACGAAUACAAGCGACGAAACUCUGACGGAAUGUAACGCAGUCAGCGAACGGAUUAUGUCCACGGCUGGACCUGAUCUUAAGGAGGAAAUCAUCACUAGAGCUCAUGAGUGCCGCACUGGUGAGGCGGUGGUGACCGGGGGCUACUCCCUCCGCAGCCGCCACGUGGUGCACACGGUCAGCCCCAAGUACCUCGCCAAGUACCACAGCGCUGCCGAGAACUCACUUCAUAAUUGCUACAAGAACGUGCUCCACGCGGCGGGCGAAUUGGGCGCGCGUUCGUUGGCCUUGUGCGUCGUGAACACGCCGAGGAGGAACUUCCCGCCGGAUGUCGCUGCGCAUGUCGCUUUGCGAACAAUAAGACGGUAUCUCGAACAGAACCUGGCUCCGCACCUCGUGAUCCUAACCAGCAACUGCGGGGCGGAGCUCGCCCCGUUUACGGCCCUCGCGGGGCUGUACUUCCCCCGAAGUGCCCCCGAAGCGGAGGCCGCGAGGUGGGCCGUCCAGCCCGGGGGGGCUGCGGGGGAGCCCAUUCAUCCCGAGAGGCGGAUUCGGAUCAUACACAACCCGCACUCGCACACCACGCUCGCGGAUGACGACACGACAUGCGACGAAGAAAUGGCGGCGGAAGCGGCGGCAGCGUUUGCAAGAGCGUGUUCGCCAGAUACGCAGAGGCUGCUUCCCUCUCCAGUGAACUCCGCGCAACCCAGGCGACACGUGCAUGAUGCUGACCAGUGA